AUGGGCAGUCUGCCGCCGCCCACACCACAAGCGCAACCAACGACGACGGCUCAGGCAGUCGCAGGCAUCGUCCUCACGGUAACAGGUGGCGACGAGCUCAAUCGUACUCUACGCUUCCACAACUACCCGGCUACACGGGAGAUCACGAUUGGCCGCGCGUCCUCAAGCUUUCCCUGCAGGCCCGGCGGCCCAGAUCCACUUCACGCAUCCUUCCGCUGCCCCGUCAUCAGCCGCAAGCACGCAACCAUCGCAUUUUUGGAAUCCGGAUAUGUUGCUAUCACCGAUCUACGCUCACAUCACGGCACCUACGUUCGCAAGGCCGGCAGCUCGUUGGAACGCACGCUUUUGCCCAAUCUCGCAUUUCAAUUGAACGACGGCGAUUCCGUGACCUUGGGCAAGCGGGUUGCGAAAGACGACGGAUGGGUCGACCCUGUCACCGUAGAUGUUCAUAUCAUCACCAGUCCUCAGCGUCUGGGCGACGAGAAUCACUGGGUUCCUCCCAUGCCUCCGCCACCGUUCAGCAUUGGCCACUCGCAAUCACAUUCGGGUCGCUUUGGCCUCACUAUUGGCGAUAUCUAUUCAUCGUCCUCCUCCAGCGAAGACGACUCGGACGUCGAUGAAGCUCCGGAGGAGAUCCCCAUCGCUCGUGGGCCAUCUCUUCUCGAUCGACUCUCCGAACCCGUCGAACUACCGCCCGUCCGGUCGGGUUUCGCUAGAUUCAUCCCUCCUUACUACAACCACGGGCCGAGUCCUUCGCCAGAACUGGGCGAUUUCUCCGUCGCGCAGAUGCUGAAUGCCUACGCGCGCGAACACAGCCCUUUCAUUGUCGGCGCUUAUCCCACGUCUGAAGAUGACCGCGAGGAUGUCGGCCGAGCACCGACUACCUUCUAUACCCCCGCCAUGCCACUCUCUCCGAAGCUCAACGAGCCGAUGCGCAUCAUCCACGAGACCCCGGCUGAGGAAGAGGCGGAGGAGGAAGAAGAAGAGUCGAUGGAUAUGGACAGCAACUUUGGCGACGAGCCCGUGGAGUCCGAACCUGCCGUUGUUGCGACUGUAGAGGCCCCUCAUGAUGUAAUCCGAAUUGAUGCGGCGCCCGUCGUAGAGGAGCCGGCGGGUAACCCGCGUGUUGAUGCACUCGAGGCUCGUUUGACUGUGCUCGACGAUGCGAUUGUCAACCUACGAGGAAACGCGCUUCGCGAUCAUCUCGAGGCGCGCAAGACUCACGCAGCGGAUGUCUCUAAAAUGGACGCUCUGGGCGUUCGUACAGAUGGACUGAGCAAGUCUAUCGACGAACUUCGCCAGCGCGUCGAAGAUGAAGACUCAGCGUCGCAUGAGGAUCUGAUGGGCGAACUUGGAGACGUCCGUUACCAGCUCGACCAACUCGAAGAUCAACUCAACGAUCUCCGCGGUGACUUUGAUGGCACCGAAGAUACAACUCACGACCUCGAGAUACGCGUUGAUACACUCGAAAGCAUGCGACUCAAAGCCGAGGAGGAUGCCCAGAAGUCUCACGAGGAGCAGACUCAGAAGUUGCAGAGUCUCGUCACAGAGGUCCGCACCUUGCGUGACGACUUCAAGCGCGCUCUUGACGAUGUCGCGGCCGAGCGCGUCCAGCUACAAGUCGAGCGCGUGGCGGCUCAAGAUGAACGCGAGCGCAUGGCGACUCAAAUUGAACGCGAGCGCGCCGCAGCGGCGGCGGCGCUUCAGGCUGAACGCGAACGUGUUGCUCCACGCAGACUCAAGCGCAAGCUCGGCGAACUUGAGGAUCAGGACGAGAGCGAGGGCGAAUCCACCCGCGUGCUCAUCCGCGCCCAUUCGCGUAAACGCGCGCGUAGGAAUGCUGAGCGCGUCGCCGGUGCUGUUGCGCGUGGAACGGCAUACGCCGCCAUUGGUGCGGUCGCGGCUUGGUCCGCGCUUGCCUUCGCUUGA